AAUUCUCAGUUAUGUUUCUCCUCCCUUCAAAUCUCUUCUUUCUGCUUGUGUCACUUUGUUAAGGAAUUGUCUGGUCUGCUUCAUCAAUCUAGGUCGGUAUAGCAUAAAUUGUCUUUCAUUUGAGUUUAUGUUCAGUCCCUGAUUUUUAUUCUCGAUAUGCACUUCGUCUAAUACACUCAACUUCUCAUUUCUUUGUAAAUCCUGAUCGCUUCGGUAGAUUUAUGUGAAUACGUUUCUAGUUACUCAAUUGACUUUACUGAUCAGAAACAGGGUUUAAGUGAUGACUUUGAGGAUCCUUAGAUCUGGUGUUGAAUAAGAUCAUAGUCUCUGCCAAUGCAUCCAUUUGUUGAUCUGAAUAUUUCAACUAAUCGGGAAUGUUCAAAUGAAACAUGAGAAAAGAAGUCCUCUGUCCUUCAUUAGGCUGUAAUUGUGCCCAGUUAUCUUCUUCUAAGGAGAGAAGAAAUUAGUAACUUUCUUAUUCAUAUUUAGGCUAGAAUCAAGUAAGAAAUGAACAAUAUUAAUAAAAGGCAGAACAGCUAUAUUUCCAUCUUUUGGGUAGUAUCCUUUAUACAGCUUCUUCUUAGAGGAAAAAUACAGUGAAGCUCAAAUAAAUGUGUCCUUUCAUUUCUCUAUCUUUCUCAAGUGAUUCUCUUACACUCGGAACAUGCUGUUUGCUUAAUUUUCCACUUGUGCAAAAGUAAUGUGCCUUUUUAAUGACUCUAGAUACUGUUGAAAGAUAAUGAAGCGUUUUUCAAUAUCUCCACAGCCACUUGGUUCUGAAAAGUGAGCCACUGGUGAUUUUGCUCCAUCUUCAACAGUGAAGGCUCUUAAAAGCAUGCUUAGAUUUGUUGGUGAAGUAUGUUAAUGAUGAAAAUUCCAAAACGUUAUUGGAUCGUUCUUUUAACCUUCAUCUGCACCUCUGUUUGUUAUGUGGAACGUGUUGGCUUCUCAAUUGCUUAUACCUUUGCAGCUGAUGCUGUGGGGGUAGACCAGUCGAGCAAAGGCACUAUUCUUUCAACCUUUUACUAUGGAUAUGCCUGUUCACAGGUUCCUGGAGGAUGGGCCGCUCAAAAAAUUGGAGGGAAAAGGGUUCUUCUGAUCUCGUUUAUUUUAUGGUCCCUGACCUGUGCAUUAGUCCCACUUGAUCCAAGUCGGGUGAUGGUCUUGGUAAUCGCUCGGUUGCUUGUUGGUGUGGCACAAGGCUUCAUCUUCCCUUCAAUCCACACUGUUUUAGCACAGUGGGUUCCUCCUCACGAGAGAUCUCGAUCUGUUUCUCUUACAACCUCUGGAAUGUACCUAGGAGCUGCUGCUGGAAUGCUUAUCCUUCCGAGCCUGGUGAAGUAUCGAGGGCCUCAGUCAGUAUUUGCUACUGAGGCAUUGUUAGGUGCCACAUGGUCUGUACUUUGGCUCAAGUAUGCAAGCGACCCUCCACGUUCUGAACAUCCCAAAGCUGCUGCAGCAGGUUUUGGUGAAUCUUUGCUGCCAAUCAAAGGAAACCAGAAGGUAAAAGUUGAGAAUGGUGGAACUUCAACACGAACCUCAAACAUUCCAUGGAAGAAAAUCUUGUUGAGCUUGCCAGUUUGGGCAAUCGUUGUAAACAAUUUUACCUUCCAUUAUGCAUUAUAUGUGUUGAUGAACUGGCUGCCUACUUACUUUGAGCUUGGUCUCCAACUUAGCCUUCAGGAGAUGGGUUCUUCUAAGAUGUUGCCUUACCUUAACAUGUUCUUAUUCUCGAAUAUCGGUGGGAUAGCUGCUGAUCACUUGGUCACUAAAAGAAUUUUAUCUGUUACUAGAACCCGGAAAUUCUUGAAUACAAUAGGCUUUGCUGUAGCAUCCCUAGCACUGAUGGCUAUCCCUAUCUUCAGAACAUCUGGUGGGGCUAUCUUCUGCUCAUCUGUGGCUCUUGGUUUCUUAGCUUUAGGGAGAGCAGGAUUUGCUGUUAAUCAUAUGGAUAUUGCUCCUCGAUAUGCCGGUAUCGUUAUGGGAGUCUCCAACACUGCUGGUACGUUAGCUGGUAUUAUCGGGGUCGAUUUAACCGGCAAACUUCUUGAAGCUGCGAAGGCUACCAAUUCAGAUCUCUCCAGUCCAGAAAGCUGGAGAGCAGUUUUCUCCAUACCAGGCUUGCUCUGCAUUCUUAGCUCUAUUGUAUUUUUGCUCUUCUCAACGGGCGAGAGAAUUUUUGACUGAGGUAAGCUUCCUUUUUUCUUCGUGGAACUUCCCUCGCAUCCACCAUUUCAUGCUACUGAUUUGUGAUCGUCACACCAAGCGGAUUUACAUAAUUCGAAUUGCCACAAAGAGUUUAAAAUGGCUGUAGGAUAGGAGGAAAUCUUGAUUUCAUAUGCCACAUGUUUCAAUUUCUAAGUUAAAGUUUUUUUUCUUUUAUUUAAGAAAAAAAAUUAUGUACCAUGAUUUAGCGUCAUUGUAGUUGAUAAUUGGUAUUUCUUUGUGACAUUUGUUUUAUGGAUUACUUAUACAUGAAAAUAAAGUCGGUGGAACUACAAAUUUGUAACUGUGUAUGGAUACAUUGUUUCCGAUUCCUUCAACUGAUUCAUUAGACUUUGAUAUCAAUGAUAUAUGCUUGUUUUACUUCCA